CAGGUGCAGCAUUGUGCAUGAAGAAUGGCAUCGUCUGCUGAGGAUAUCAUAGAGACUGCUGCCCUGGGGAGGCCGUUUACUCUUGGGAUGCUGUACGAUUGCAGAAAGGAUUUCCUUGUUCCAGGUGUUACAUUGUGGGAUAAUGAGGACCUGCGGCAGAAUACUUGUCAAAAAAGACAACAAAACACAGAAUUCAAUAUCACAGCAUCAGACUCCAUUGAUGAGAAGUCAAAUUCAUUGAAUGUAUCUGGAUCUCUGAAACUAAGUCUCCUGGGAGGACUAGUGAAUGUGUCAGGAUCAGCUAAAUACUUCCAGGACACAAAGAAAUCUCAUAAACAACAGCGGCUCACUCUUCAUUACAAAACAACAACAAGAUAUGAAUCCCUAACAAUGUCUCACCUGGGCCGAGGUAAGGUGUCCCAUCCCAACGUGUUUGAAGAUCGCACAGCCACACAUGUUGUCACAGCCAUCUUGUACGGGGCCAGUGCUUACUUCAUGUUUGACAGAGAAUCUUCCAACAACGAAGACAAGAAACAUGUUGAAGGGGAAGCCAAACUGAUGAUGGAUAAGCUGAAAUUCAUCAAAAUAAGUGCAGAGGCAUCUUUUGACAUGGAUGAAAGAGAGAAAUCUGUCGUGGAAAAAUUCAGUUGCACAUUCCACGGAGAUUUCCAUCUUACCAGCAAUCCAUCAUCAUUUAUCGAGGCUAUGAAUGUUUACAGACAACUGCCAAAGUUGCUUGGAGAGAAUGGAGAGCAUGCUUUUCCAGUCAGGGUGUGGAUGUACCCUCUGGUGAAGCUGGACUCAACAGCUGCAAAACUACAAAGAGAAAUCAGCAACAGCCUCAUCACAUACUCAUCAGGAGUGAUAGAGGACUUCAACGAGACAGAGAUGAGAUGCAAUGACCUGCUGAAGGACACAGCAGCAACAACCUUCUCUGCCAUGAAGGAGAAGCUUCAGACCUUCAUGCAAAACUGCCGUCACUACAAGGUGGAGUUUGUGCAGAAGCUUGGGUCAGUGCUUCCUUCUAUCCGAGGGGGUGUACAAGAGGAGAGAGACCUUGCAGACAUCCUUAAAGCACAUGAGAAAUCUCCAUUCAACAGCAAAUACCUGGAUCAGUGGCUUACCAAGAAAGAAAAGGAAUCAGAAACAAUAAAUUCCUUCCUCAAGCAGCUAGAGAAACUGGGUGCAAAAUUAGAUGACAACUUGGAUGGUUUGUUAUCUGAUUUAGACAUCACAAAUAUUGUGAGCUUCACAUUUACCUCCAUAGACCAGCCUGAUAGCAGCCUCGUGAAGCAAUCACAUUUCCUUUCUCCAGCCGGAAUGAUGAAUGUAUGUCCAGAGUCUGAUACUCUACAGAACAGAAAUACAGAUUGGAUCUCUGCUGAUACAAGACAAAAGAUGAGGAAACAGUUACAACUGUUUAAGCAUUUGAAGGAGCAGUUGGACAGCAGUGAUGACACCAAAUUCAUAGUGUCAUCCAAACAUGAUGAGCGUUACCUUGGAGCCUUUAUAUUCAUAUAUGAAGAGGGGAGUGAUAAGCCUGUCCCCUUCAUUCCUCCGUCAAAACCUGCCCCUCCAACCACCUCUGAUGUAUCAUCUGACAGAUUCACAGUUGGGGUAUCAGACCCAGACUCUGCCACUGUAGAGUUCCAAGUAGAAUUCAAAAGGAACCAGGAAGCAGAAUGGACGUCUCACUCAGUGGAGAAGAAACAGAAGACAGUGACUCUGUCAGGACUGAAGCCAGACACUAAAUAUGAGAUCAGAGUCACAGCUGUGGAUCCUUUGUCAACUCCGAACUACAUUGACCUGAUGAUCCAGUCAGAGGAACAGGAGGCCAGUCCUGGAUACAAGGAGCGAAUAAGAGAGUUAAAGGAAGUCAGGAAAGGAGCUGCCAUAGUGGAGAAAAUGGCAGAGAAAGUCAGGCUCAUAUGCUUUGUGACGAUGGCCAGCGUGGACAAGUACAUGUCCAUUGUCCAUGCCGUGAAGAUGUACUCGAGGAAGAAGCCUUGGGUGGUACAGGCCAGCUGCCUGACCGUGUGGCUUGUCACUCUCAUCCUCUCCAUCCCCGACUGGCUCUACCUCACAGCUGAUUACGAUUACAGAAGAGGAAUGGAAGAGGAAAGAAUAUGCAUAGUGACUUUUUGA